CGACAAGAAGUAAUUACUUGUUAGUUUGUUACAUUAACCUAAGGUAUUAAGUGCUAGAUUAAAACAAAAAAGUAACUGUAAAUACAAGUUGAACAACAACGCCUAAUUAAUUCAAGAAACAUCUUUCAAUCGUCAACAAUUUGUUACUUUGCUGUUAAAAAUGUCCCUUUUUUUCAGUUUCUCUCUCCUUUUUUUCAGAUCAGAUGCUCUGUUUAAAUUUGCCCAUAUUCGCAUUCAAACAAAACCUCAAUCUUCUGCUUCUGUGGAUCCCACCCCAUCUUCCCCAUUCACAAACUCUCUUAUCAUUUUUCUUCAAUUAUUAUUAUUAUUCUCACCAUUCAUUUUCAUUCACCUCAUCAAUUCCCACUAAAAAAAAUCAUUAAUUAAUACAUAUUCUGUCGCCGGCAAAAACCCAUUUUCCGGCGACAAAAACCCACUUCGAUUUAUCAUAAAAGAUGCAGAAUCUUCGCCGGCGAAAGCCCGACAGGCCCGAAGAAGUGACCCGGCCCGAGAAAGCCCGAGGAGAGAGAAAGGGUGAUGGAGAGGAUGGUAGUAAGAAGAAAGGGAAUGGGAAGAGAUGGUCGUGUAUAGAUAAUUGUUGUUGGUUAAUUGGAUUGAUAUGUUCAAUAUGGUGGUUGUUGCUGUUUUUAUACAAAGCAAUGCCAUCUUCAUUGCCUCAGUAUGUUACCGAGGCGAUAACGGGGCCGUUGCCGGAUCCACCGGGGGAGAAGCUAAGGAAAGAAGGUUUGAAUGCGGCGCACCCGGUGAUUUUUGUGCCGGGGAUUGUGACCGCCGGACUUGAGCUUUGGGAAGGGAAGCCUUGUGCUGAGGAUUUGUUUAGGAAGAGGCUUUGGGGUGGCACCUUUGGUGAUGUUUAUAAGAGACCAUUGUGCUGGGUUGAGCAUAUGUCACUGAACAAUGAAACUGGACUUGACCCUAUUGGUAUAAGGGUUAGAUCUGUCCCCGGACUUGUUGCUGCUGAUUAUUUUGCUCCUGGAUAUUUUGUUUGGGCUGUCUUGAUUGCCAAUUUGGCACGUAUAGGUUACGAGGAGAAGAAUAUGCAUAUGGCUUCAUACGAUUGGAGAUUGUCUUUCCAACAUACUGAGGUGAGGGAUCAUACGUUAAGUCGUAUGAAAAGUACUAUAGAGCUAAUGGUAGCAACUAAUGGUGGUAAAAAGGCAGUGAUUGUUCCGCAUUCAAUGGGAGUUUUGUACUUUCUCCAUUUUAUGAAGUGGGUUGAAGCUCCAGCACCAAUGGGAGGCGGUGGUGGUUCAGAUUGGUGUGCAAAACACAUAAAAGCUGUGAUGAACAUUGGUGGACCAUUUCUUGGUGUUCCAAAGGCCGUUCCUGGACUUCUGUCUGCUGAAGCCAGGGACAUUGCAGUUGCAAGGGCCAUUGCACCAGGUGUUUUGGAUAAUGAUAUAUUCCAUCUCCAAACAUUGCAGCAUGUGAUGAGGAUGACUCGUACUUGGGAUGCUACAAUGUCAAUGAUACCGAAAGGUGGAAAUGCUAUUUGGGGUGAUCUUGAUUGGUCACCUGAAGAAGGCUAUAGUCCAAGCAAGAAGAAGAAAGAUGAAAACCUGACUGUCUCUAGAAAUAAUGAGGUUGGACCAGAGGAUCCUAAAAGAAAAAAGGUUAAUUAUGGAAGGAUGAUAUCAUUUGGUAAUGAUGUAGCUGAGGCAUCUCAAUCUGACAUCAAAAGGAUUGAUUUCAGGGGUGCUGUGAAGGGUAGUAAUGUUGCAAAUACCACAUGUCGUGAUGUUUGGACAGAGUAUCAUGACAUGGGUGUUGGUGGAGUAAAAGCUGUUGCCGACUACAAAGCUUAUACAGCUGAUGAUGUCUUAGACUUGCUUCACUUUGUUGCUCCAAAGAUGAUGGCUAGGGGCGAUGCUCAGUUUUCAUAUGGCAUUGCUGAUGAUCUGAACGACCUAAAAUACCAGCAUUAUAAAUAUUGGUCCAACCCCUUAGAAACCAAAUUGCCAGAUGCACCUGAAAUGGAAAUCUUCUCUCUCUAUGGCGUUGGCAUACCAACAGAAAGAGCAUAUGUAUAUAGAGUAACACCUUAUGCGGACUGCAGUAUUCCAUUUCAGAUAAAUAUCUCAGCAAACGUGGAUGAAGAAGGUAGUUGUUUGAGAGACGGGGUGUUCCUAGUUGAUGGAGAUGAAACAGUUCCAGUCUUGAGUUCAGGUUAUAUGUGUGCUAAAGGUUGGAGAGGAAAAACUAAGUAUAAUCCUUCAGGAAUUCAAACUUACAUAAGAGAAUAUGAUCAUGCUCCUCCAGCCAACUUUUUAGAAGGCCGGGGGACUCAAAGUGGUGCCCAUGUUGAUAUUAUGGGGAACUUUGCGUUGAUUGAAGAUGUCAUGAGGGUAGCUGCUGGACAAACGGGCAAAGAUUUGGGGGGUGAUCGUGUUUAUUCUGAUAUCUUCAAGUGGGCAGAGAAGAUCAACUUGAAGUUAUAACAGCAACUAAAUUAACUAUGCUUAUUCUCAACACUUAUCUUUCAAAAUCGCUGCUUUCUUGAGAUGGAAUUGCAAAAGAAAUGAUGAAAAAAUUGUGAAUUUCUCAAGUUUGAUGAAUUGAUGCAGGUAAUUUCUUGCCCUUUAAUGAUGUCAUUGGAAAAAGGCGAAGUAUGAUGGGAAAUGUGGCACCAAAUUACAUGAACAUAUCCUGCUUUGAUCUGUUAAUAGUUUGACGUAUUGCUUUUCAAAUUGAAUGAAUGAUAAAUUUAUCCAGUGACUACCUGAAAUUUAAUGUAUCAUUCUUAUACUAUAUGCCAUUGUAAAGUAAUUUUGGCGAAAAUUAAUUGAUUUGCAUGUAUAUAGAAUCGUCAUAUUUAUAA